AUGUAAUGGGAAUUAUUACCUAGUGAUGUAAAUGAUUACUCACCAAGAACAGGACAUACAGUGAUAGCAUAUAAAGAUUGUAUAUAUGUAUUUGGAGGGAUUGAUGAAUAAGAUAGAUAGAAUGAUAUGUAUAAAUAUUAAAAAGGAUGGACAAAGUUGAAAUUAUAAGGAGAGAUUCCAUCAGCAAGAUCUGGAUCAUUAGGAUGUGUAUAUGAAGAUUAAUUUUAUUUAUUUGGAGGUUACACAUGGAAACAUGGAGAAUAUUUUAAUGAUUUAUUUCGUUUUAAUCCUUAAAAUAAUAUAUGGGAAAAGAUAACUCCAAAAACAUAAGCACCUCCAGCAAGAGUUGAUCAUUCAUUUACAAUAUAAAAGAAUUUAUGUUAUAUAUUUGGAGGAUCAAAUGGUCAAAAACGAUUUAAUGAUUUACAUGAAUUAAAUUUAAGUACUUUAGAAUGGAAAGCAUUAAGUUAAGUUAGAUAAUUAAGUGCCCGUUUAGGACAUACAAUAACAUCAUAUUAAAAUGAAUUAUAUUUAUUUGGUGGAUGGGAUGGUAAUAAUACAUUAAAUGAUUUAUGGGUAUAUUCAAAUAGUAAUGGUACUUUUCAGACAGUGAAAUAAUAAAACCCACCAGCCGGAAGAUAUAGACAUACAGCAAAUGUAUAUAAGGGAUUUCUAUUUAUUUUUGGAGGAGUAGAUUAGAAUUAGGAAAGAUUUAAUGAUUUAUAAAGAUUUGAUUUUUAGACAUCUAUAUGGAGUAGAAUAGUAGUUUAAAAUCCUCCAUCGCCUCGUUCUUUUCAUAAAUGUGUUGUAUUAGGUAAUUAUUUAUAUUUGGUUGGUGGAUUUGAUGGUUAAAGAAGAAAUGAUGUACAUAGAAUAAAUUUAGAUUCAGAGAAUGGUAGAUAAUAGAUUGAAUAAAUAAGAUAGGCACCUCAUUUAAUGUGGAUAUAACUAGAUCUUAAAGAUCGUUUUACACCAAGAACUGGACAUACUGCUUGUGUACUUUAAAAUAAAAUAUAUUUAUUUGGAGGCGUAGAUUAAUCUGGUAAUAUUAAUAAUGAUUUAAAUUGUUUUGAUGGCAAUUCUUGGUCAGUAAUUAUAACUCAAGGUUAAAUACCAUCAGCUAGAUCUGGAGCUAAAAUGGUUGCUGUUGAUGAUUAAUUAAUGUUAUUUGGUGGAUAUGUUUAAACAUAAAGUUAAAUCUAUUGUAAUGAUUUGUAUAGAUUUAAUAUUAAAACUAAUACAUUCAUUAAAGAAAUAUAAUAAAAUACUAAUCCUGCUAAAAGAACUGAUCAUUCCUUAGUUGAAUAUUGUAAUGGAAUCUAUAUUUUUGGAGGAAAAGGAGAAAAUAAAUAAAUUUUUAAUGAUGUUUGGAAAUUUAAACAAUCAUGGAUUGAAUUAGAUCAUGAUUAAUAAAUUACUGGAAGAUUUGGUCAUACUUCUGUACCAUAUUAAAAUUCAAUGUUUAUUUUUGGUGGAUGGGAUGGAACUAGUUGUUUAGAUGAAAUGUAUGAAUAUUCAUUUGUUACUAAUACCUUUUAUGAAAUUAGAAGAUGCAGUGGAUAAAAACCUAAAGCCAGAUAUAGACAUGAAGCAUUAGUUUAUAAUUCAAAUAUGUUUCUAUUUGGUGGUGUAGAUCAUUUAUAAAUUAGAUAUAAUGAUUUACAUUAAUAUAAUUUUAAAAAAAGAGAAUGGAUUAAAAUUAAUACAUCUGGAAGUAUUCCAUCAGCUAGAACUUUUCAUAAAUUAGUUAAUCUUGAAAAUCAAUUCUUUCUAUUAGGUGGAUAUGAUGGAUAAAGAUUAAAUGAUAUGUAUACCAUCUUUGUCACUAAAACUGAAAAAAUCAAUUUCACUUAUCCUUAAGAAGAUUCCUCAAUUCUUUAAGAUGAAGAAGUUGUCACCCUCAAAGAAUAAGUUAAAGAAUUAACUAAUAAAAUUUAAAGAGAAGAAGAAAAACAUCUCUGUAAAAUAUGUUUCAUUAGAUAAAUUGAUAGUGUUCUUAUGGAAUGUUGUCAUUUCAUACUUUGCUUUAAUUGUACUGAAAAUCUUAAAAAUGUAUUACUUUUAUAUAUAUACAUAUAUAGUGUCCUAUUUGUAGAUAAGUUAUAACCAGAGUAAUUAAAACAAGUAUGUUUUGA